AUGGCGCGUCUAGUUUUCUCAGAGAAGAGUCCCAGUGUGAAUGUAUCCAAACGCUAUCGAGUGCGAAAAAGUAAAGGUUGGCGUAAUGUCAGCCUGCUGUUAGAACCACCUUCACGUAAAUGGGAAGAUCCUGAUGUUUUGGUUGCCUUUAAUUCGCCACGAAUCAGCGCUGCAUUGGAACGGCUAAUGGGCACAAAUGUAGUUCGUUUAACCGACCGCAAUUAUAUGAAGGAAUUGCGGGAACGUAUUGAAGAGGACUAUCGUCAGAAUUUACAAAAACGUAUCAAGGCCAGAGAGCUUAAAGAAAUUGAACGAGAACGUAUUUUAAUUAUCGAAGGAAAAACCAAAGUUAUUCCUGAUGAGCUGGCAGAUGACCCCAUUUUUGUGGUGGACAAAAAAGCCGAUUUGGAAAUAUCAAAGGCCAGAGCAAAGCUUAAAACGAAUAGGGAAAAGAAUUCUGAACGUUUAAAGCAACAAGGUGCCAAAUGGCAACGUGAACGAAUACAACAUGAAGAGAAUGAAGCUGUACGUUUGGAACAACUACAUCAUCGUACAAAGAGUCACGAUGAUUUAGAAAGGCAAUAUACUGAAGAGAAUGCCACCAAAGGAAUCGAUUUGUUGAGGAUUCAUGAUGAGGAAUGGCGUCCAUGUGAACAGCGUUUAAAAGAGUUCCUGGAACAGGAAAGAGCAAAAAUGAAAGAACGUUCCGAACGAACACCCACACCAUUUACUUCAGACCCUAAGGAUAUGCAACAGAUUUUGAGAGCAAGAAAACGUUUCCAGGAAACUGAAUUACGUAUACGUAAGCAUAUUGAUGAACAGUUGUUACGACAACAACAAGAAGAACAGAAACAGCAGAGUAAACAUGAUGAACAGCCAAAUACGUACGCUGAGGUCGAUGAACAGUCUCCUAAACAG